UGUGGAAAUGCAAGAAAAGGAAUUGGAGAGUAAAAGAGAUAUCUAUUUCAUUAGAAAAUAUUGGAUCACUAGAAAAAAGGGCAGAUAAAUAUAAAUAAAGAAAAGAGAGAAGAAUUCAAGAUUUAGAAAAGGAAGCCAAAAGAAAGAAGAGGGAAAGAAAAUUGAAAACAAGAGAAUAAUUGAAUAAAUAAAUGUAAGAAAAAGAAGUCUAAAAGCAAAGAGAAAAAUUCAAGGAUCAAGAAUAAGUUAAUAAAUUGGAAUAUGUUAGGCUACUUUAUGGAAAGAAGAUACUAAAAAUUAUUUUCAAUUUGAAAAAGAUAGAGAUAUUGAAAAAAAGAAAAUCUAUAAUGAAUAUUUAGAUACAUUACUUGAAAAAAUGAAAUAAAAAUCUUAAACAAAAAAAGGAAUGAUGGAUGAAAUGCUUAGACAUAAAUAUAUGGUAAGUAAGAAUAUCUUGUCAGAAUUAGAUUAAAUGAGACAAACGGUUUAAUGA